AUGUCUAGAUUUUCUUCUGUCCCCGUUUCCUCUGCCUCUGCUCAUGUUGCUGCCGGCCCUCCCCCACUCCGCCGUUCCACUAGGGUGUCAGUAGCCCCAGUAAGAUAUACUCCUUCCUUCAUCCCAAGAAAGGCCGUCCCGCGUCGUUCUCGAGCAACAAAACGCUCUGUUCCUGCGUCCAUUGCUCCCCCUGCAUCCCCUACCGCCACCAAAAAAUCACGAAAAAUUGCCCGCCGUCGCCGCACUCGCAAGGUCCCAACACCGGCCAGAGAUCCAACCCCUCCACAGUUUUCAGUCUCCUCAUCACCUCCCUCAUCACCUCCCUCAUCACCUCUCUCAUCUCCUCUCUCAUCUCCUGAGCAAUCUCCUUCCACAAUCGGCGAUGCCCCUUCGUCUCCUGUUGGGGCCUUGAUGUCUCUAGUGGCCGCUGCAAUAUCUUCUCCAGUCAGCCCUGUUGGCACAUCCUCUUUCUUUUCUGCUGCUGCUUCCACAAUCUCUGCCGCCGCCGGAAUUUCUUCUCCUAUUUCUGCAGCUUCCGCCGCUGCUAAGUCUAACUCCUCCCUCUCCUCGCCAGGUGAAGACCCUGCCUCUGCCUCCUCGCCAGCUCCAAGCAACGCUUCCAGCUUUUCCCUCUCCUCGCCAGCUGCAGACCCUGCCUCUGCCUCCCUCACAGCUGCCUUGGCCACAGAGACCAACGAAAACUACAUCAACCACGAGAAAGCUCGUGUUGCGCGCAUCCUCGCAGAUGGCCGCAAACGCAAAGAUGGUGGCCCUCUCGGGUUCUACACCUCCCGCCUCGUCUACAACCUCAUCGCACAGCUCUCUGCCUGCACGGCGAGGUUUAAACUCGACGAGACCGUCGACGCCAACGGCAACUCGAUUGCAAAGAUCUUCCCAGAGGGCUCUGGAGUGUCCCAGAUUGUGGUGUAUGUUCAGGAGGGAGAUACGACGGUCGAUGUGUUCCUGGGGAGACCAAAGGAGGUCACGGUGACCUUUGGAAAAGUAGGAGGAGUGCUACAGAUGGUCGGAGUGGUCACAGAAGGGCCUGAAUACGUCGAGACGGAAGACCUGAUGGAGUUGGGGGAUUAG